UAUAACGUAUGAAAAAAAAAAAAAAAAAACGCGACGAGGAUUAUUGAGCAAUCAAUAAUUAUUAUUUCCAAGUUAUAACUGACUUAGCAAAGUCAUGUUAUUUAUUAAUCGAGAAACAGAAGCAGUUAUAUUUUAUUAGUGCUACUAGAAGUCGAGAAAUUAUUCCGACUGCAACGCAAAUUCAAUCUACGGAUUUAAUCUAGAUUCAUAUUACUGUAUUAGCAUCACCAAGGCAUGAGGAUAUAAUUCAUUUAUUCAUCAAUCUCAUUCUCAUACUUUACAAACUCUUAUAACCAAUUACAGUUUCACCUAUCAAUGCUAUGAAGUAGAUACAUGAAUAUGCUAGACAUAUAUGUAAGCAUACAAUCAUCAUUAUUUUUUUUCCACUCCCUAAUGUCUCCUACACUAUACACGCAUAAUCUCCACUUCUCCACUCCACCAACUAUCUCCACCACCUUUUGCUUUCUUCCACUACAUUUUUUCUCACCACCCUUUCCACUCCACUAAUUCCACUACACCAAACUUUCCACCUACUCCCUUCCCCACCACACGCAAGAAUGCAUCUAACAUUCCAUUAUACAGGCAACAAUCUUUUCAUCAUCUUCAUUCUUCACUAAGGAACCGAAGAGCAGCCACGAGUUCUGCCAUAAGCACACUGCUCCGGCAGUGUUUUGCAAGGCGAUUCCAGCCAUCCAAAAGGUCCGGGCGACAGAAAGUGAAGCCGAAGAAGAAACGACUCCACGCCAGCUUUAAGAACAAUUGAGAAUGCCGCCUAAGAGAGGACGCCCUGUGAGAAACAAUAACAAUCGCAGAAACCGUAACGCUGUACCCGAAGAACCACAAGAUGCUCGAGGACAUAACCCAUCCCCUCCGCCUCCGACUAGGAGAGUCGAAGAACUCUUUUUAAGGCAAAAUCCACCUACGUUUGACGGAACGAGUGAACCGGCUGAAGCUGAGAUUUGGGUGCGUGCAAUGGAACGCAUUUUCAACUUUCUACGUUGUACUGAUGAGGAGCGCCUAUCUUGCGUCUCUUUCCAACUAACAGGAUCAGCUGACUUCUGGUGGGAAGCACGUCGAAAAAUUCUGACACCUGAACAAUGGGCAAGUUAUACUUGGGAAGAUUUUAAGACGGGAUUAUAUGAUAAAUAUAUUCCGAAAAGCUAUAGGAAAAAGAAAGAAGCUGAGUUCUACGAGUUGAAGCAAGGAAAUAAAUCUGUGGUUGAAUACGACAAGGAAUUCUGCAACCUGUCUAGGUUUGCUCCGCAACAAGUGGACACAGAUGAGAAGAUGGCAGAGAAAUUUUGUGCCGGUCUACGGUACGAAAUUAGGAUGGCUCUAGCAAGCCACGGAGGACUCUCAUACACGGAGUCUCUGAACAGGGCACUUGACAUUGAAGCUGCAAUGCCGUCAGACAAGUCAGCCCCACCAUUUAUCUCAACGUCAAAUGAUCCACCAGUAGCCUCACAUACUCUCAAAGGGAAGCGCAAGUGGGACAACAACGAAGACAAUAUCAAUCAGACUAGUAAGAAAGUGUGGCAAGAAUAUGAACGGGCCGAACAGUUUAUUCAACCAAGGCACGAGGCACAGACUAACCUCGAGCGAACUGGGGGUAACCAAGGUCAGAAAGGAGUUUUACCUUGCCCAAAUUGUGGUAAGAUGCAUAGGGGUAUUUGUCGGGCUGGAACUAACGGUUGUUACAAUUGUGGCCAAAAAGGUCACUACUCCACGCAAUGCCCCAAUAGACAACGAGGUUCAGCAGUUGGGAACACCCGCACCCCCUUGCCAGCAAUACGUGGACACUUGCGAAAUCAGCCUCAAUCACAUCAGUGAAAAUCUUAUGGAGACACCGCAGACAAGAAAAGCUACGUGGGAGCUUGAAAACAAGAUGAAGGAAAAAUACCCCGAAUUGUUUUAGCAGAGAUAUGCAAAUUUCGGGACGAAAUUUUUGUUAAGAGGGGUAGUAUGUAGUAGCCCGCUCUUUUAUUUAUGAUAAAAACUAGUAAAUGCAAUUUUUUAUAAAUGAAUCCAGUUUAUGGUUCUGAUUUUUUUUAUCAGAGGCAGAGUUAUUAUUUUAGCGUUAUAUUUUUAUAACGUAUGAAAAAAAAAAAAAAAAACGCGACGAGGAUUAUUGAGCAAUCAAUAAUUAUUAUUUCCAAGUUAUAACUGACUUAGCAAAGUCAUGUUAUUUAUUAAUCGAGAAACAGAAGCAGUUAUAUUUUAUUAGUGCUACUAGAAGUCGAGAAAUUAUUCCGACUGCAACGCAAAUUCAAUCUACGGAUUUAAUCUAGAUUCAUAUUACUGUAUUAGCAUCACCAAGGCAUGAGGAUAUAAUUCAUUUAUUCAUCAAUCUCAUUCUCAUACUUUACAAACUCUUAUAACCAAUUACAGUUUCACCUAUCAAUGCUAUGAAGUAGAUACAUGAAUAUGCUAGACAUAUAUGUAAGCAUACAAUCAUCAUUAUUUUUUUUCCACUCCCUAAUGUCUCCUACACUAUACACGCAUAAUCUCCACUUCUCCACUCCACCAACUAUCUCCACCACCUUUUGCUUUCUUCCACUACAUUUUUUCUCACCACCCUUUCCACUCCACUAAUUCCACUACACCAAACUUUCCACCUACUCCCUUCCCCACCACACGCAAGAAUGCAUCUAACAUUCCAUUAUACAGGCAACAAUCUUUUCAUCAUCUUCAUUCUUCACUAAGGAACCGAAGAGCAGCCACGAGUUCUGCCAUAAGCACACUGCUCCGGCAGUGUUUUGCAAGGCGAUUCCAGCCAUCCAAAAGGUUCCCAAAAAUUCCCAAAUUAAUUGUGUAUCAUCUUUCAUAUGUUUUCUAUACUUUGGCAAAAUUUCAGAAGGUUUGAAGCUCUUAUGAUUUAUUUAUGAAUUUGUAAACAUCACUGCCCAUCUGGAAUACAUUUUUGGUAAACAAUCUUUGGGAGGCCAUAAGUAAAGUUUCAAUCGGUGAAAACCUUUGAAACUUGAAUAUGUCACUCUAGACUCCCGUAUCUUUCUUUUGACAUCGGCCUCACCAUUUUUGAAUAAGGGAAACAACCGGUAUAAAUUCUUGAAAUCUAGUUCUUAUUCCAUGUACCAUCCAGUAGAUUUUACAAACCUACGACUUUGAGGUGGCAAAGCCCGACUUAAAUCUUUGAUUCUCAAGCCUAGCUUUCUACUGAAUAUUCAAUGACAUGUUGGGAACUUACUUGCUUAGUUUUAUAAUUUUUGGUGAAGCCUAAAGUUGGUUUUCUGAUUUAUGUUAUGAAUCUGCCAAACUUGAACGCUUUUUGUGCACUGAACUUUAGACAGUCAUAUCUUCUAAACCAUGAAUGUUCUUAGAGUAAAUCCAACUGGAGAGUGUUAUGAUCUCUCCCUAGUUUCCAGAUUGACCCUUGGGGUUCCCAUUGGAGUUUUGUAAAGGGAGAUAUGAAUUUUUAAAGAAAGCCCACUGACUUGGUUGUAAUCUGGAAAUCUGAAAUUUUCAGAUUUUUGCUUGUUAAAUACCCAUCUUUGAGAGGGCAUAUCUUGCUCGUUUGAAUUGUUUUUCAUUCGAUUCAAAUUGGAGAAUGAUCCUUGAAAUGUCUAGUUUCCAGAAUGUCUUUUGGAGCAUCAUUUGGAGAUCCGAGGCAGAUUUGGUGUCUGUUGCAAAACAACCCCUUAAGAGCUCAAGUUGUUGAAUUAUUUUCUAUGUAUCAAAGUUUAUUUUAAAGGAUGUUUCAUGAAAGAUUUCGUAUAUGUGCGUAACAAGUUUGGGACUAUUUAUUUUAAAUGAGGUCCGUUCUUUAUUUAAAUUAUGAUGGACUUUUAAUGAAUAUUUUUGGGAUUAAA